AUGAGGUGGUUCGGAAUAUGGAGGCGAGGCGGUAGCGGGCGCGGGCGCUCUCGGCGGUUGGCGAAUCGCUCGGUUCGGUGGUGCGAGCGGCGCAAGGGAUGCAGGGCCGGACCGGGCGCCGCCGCCGCGGUGGUGGCCAGCGGCGGCCGGGCGCUCCUCAGUGUCGCUCAGUUCGCGGCGCGCGGUGGUCGUGCGGCGAGCGCGCGUGAUGUCUACGAGAUGAGGCUGGCUCUGGUGUUACUGUGGCUGGGCGCGGCGGCCGCCUGCGGCCCGGGCCGAGGCUUCACCAACCGCCCGGGGCCGCGGCACCGUCUCUACCCCCUCGUCUUCCGUCAGCACGUGCCCAACAUCAGCGAGGAGAACGGCCGCGCCAGCGGCCCCCCCGAGGGUCGCAUCAUCAGAGACGAUGAAAAGUUCAAAGACUUAGUGCCUAAUUAUAAUCCGGACAUCGAUUUCAAGGAUGACGAGGGUACGGGCGCAGAUCGCCUCAUGACCCAGAGAUGCAAAGAGAAGCUAAACACGCUCGCGAUCAGCGUGAUGAACCAAUGGCCGGGCGUCCGUCUGCGUGUCAUCGAGGGCUGGGACGAGGAGGGUUCCCACUGGGAGCACUCGCUCCACUACGAGGGGCGGGCGGUGGACGUGACGACGAGCGACCGCGACCGCAGCAAGUACGGCAUGCUGGCGCGGCUGGCGUACGAGGCCGGCUUCGACUGGGUGUUCUACGAGAGCCGGUCGUACAUACACUGCUCGGUUCGGACAGGUGCGUGCCAUGUAGAUACUAAGAUUACUAAGCUAGACUACAGAAUAGAGGGAGCUCACACUGGGAGCACUCGCUCCACUACGAGGGGCGGGCGGUGGACGUGA